GGCGGGGCCCACGCGCAGACAAGAUGGCGGUGCGUCUGCUGAGGAGGGCGGCGCGCGGAGCGGCGGCAGCGGCGCUGCCGAGGCUGAAAGCAUCUCUGGCAGCUGAUGUGUCCAGGCUUGGGUACAGUUCCUCACCCAAUCACAAAUACAUUCCCCGAAGGGCAGUGCUCUAUGUACCUGGAAAUGAUGAAAAGAAAAUUAAGAAGAUUCCCUCUCUGAAUGUGGAUUGUGCAGUCCUCGACUGUGAGGAUGGUGUGGCUGUGAACAAAAAGGAUGAAGCUCGAUUGAGAAUAGUAAAAACUCUUGAAGACUUUGAUCUGGGCCCAACUGAAAAGUGUGUAAGAAUCAACUCAGUGUCCAGUGGUCUGGCCGAAGAAGACCUGCAGGCCCUCCUGCGGUCCCGGGUCCUUCCUUCCAGCCUGAUGCUCCCGAAGGUAGAAGAUCCUGAAGAAAUCCAGUGGUUUUCAGACAAAUUUUCAUUCUACUUACAAGGCCGAAAACUUGAACAACCUAUGAAUUUAAUCCCUUUUGUGGAAACUGCAAUGGGUUUACUCAAUUUUAAGGCAGUGUGUGAAGAAGCACUAAAGAACGGGCCUCAAGUGGGUCUUUUUCUAGAUGCAGUCGUUUUUGGAGGAGAAGACUUUCGAGCCAGCAUAGGUGCAACAAGUAGUAAGGAGACCCAAGAUAUUCUCUACGCCCGACAAAAGAUUAUUGUUGUAGCAAAGGCCUUCGGUCUGCAGGCCAUAGACCUGGUGUACAUCGACUUCCAGGAUGGAGAGGGGCUUCUCAAGCAGUCGAGAGAAGGAGCUGCAAUGGGAUUUACUGGUAAGCAGGUGAUACACCCUAACCAAAUUGCAGUGGUCCAGGAGCAGUUUUCUCCUUCCCCUGAAAAAAUUAAGUGGGCUGAAGAACUGAUUGCUGCCUUUAAAGAACAUCAACAAUUAGGAAAGCUUAAGCUUAACAAAGGAAGUCAAGCAAAAUCUGCCACAUAAAAGAAAGAAAUGAUUUCCCUGUCAUGAAAAACUACACGAAGGGCUUCCCUGGUAGCGCAGUGGUUGAGAAUCUGCCUGCCAAUGCAGGGGACACGGGUUCAAGCCCCGGUCUGGGAAGAUCCCACAUGCCGCGGAGCGACUGGGCCCGUGAGCCACAAUUACUGAGCCUGCACGUCUGGAGCCCGUGCUCUGCAGCAAGAGAGGCCGCGAUAGUGAGAGGCCCGCGCACCGCGAUGAAGAGUGGCCCCCACUUGCCGCAACUAGAGA